UGGGUUACGGCGGAAUGAACUACCGUCAUCGAUCCACGCAACUGACCUAUCCAGCGACGCUCACUCAAUUUGGCGUCUCACAACCGCUUGCCGACAUCUGUUCAUCUGGAUCUUGCAUUUGAUGCGGAUGCGCCUCCUGUCAGACUAAAUUAGGUGGACGGGACGGGGCGUCCUCAUCUUACGGAGCAAAAAUCGCCUUCACCGCCAGGAUCUGUGCCAGCUGUAAUCUCAUCGUGCAGUGUCAACAUGGGCAGUCUACUUUCUUCGAAGGUCUCGGAUGACUGGAAGAGCGAUGCGCGAUGCGCUAUGGAGGAUUCAAGAUUCUGCGUCAUAUGUGGUGGUCCUUUCGAUGUCGAAGGCGAUGUUUAUAAUAUCGACCCAAAAGACAUGCGUUUCCAGUGGUUGUAUAGCCUCCGUCUUUUUGGUAGCAUCGCAGAUGUAGCUGAACACACGGUAGCCAGCGAGGGAUCGACGCCGAUCAACGUUUCUGAAAUACCAGGCAUCUUCCUCUCCGAGAUUGCAUCCUUCAACAUGGCUGGCUCGGGCUACUUUCGCAUUGCUGGCGACGCUGACGAAGACGAUAUUUGGCUCGACGCUUUGUGUUAUGCACCGGAUCACGGAACCUUGUUUCCAUUGCAUGAAUCGUGUAUCGCGAUCAGUUGUCGGGCCAUCGACCACUUCUACUCUAGAAGGAAGGAUACUGUGUCGAAAUCUGCUCUUGAAAUACUGUAUCGUGUGUUGAGUGCGCGCUUCAUUCAGCGAAAAUGCCUAAUGGACGAGCCACUCGAGUCAUCAAACGACAUUUUCGAUCUCUGCUCUUCUUCAUGCGAUUAUGGGCCUAGAAGCGCAUUAGCUUUGAGUAGACUAGAAUGGUGGGGUGCGGAAUACGAUAAGUUCUACACCGAUCCCAUCGAAGUGGGAGACAUCGCCUCAUUCGUGCAUAAAGUAUUGCAGAGUUCGCCGCGUCGUAGAGACGAAACAGAGUAUAGGCCGAGAGCGACGCGCGAACCCCAAAGAUUGGAGCGCCUGCCGACGGAAUUGUUGGACGUAGUGUGCGGCUAUCUUCCAAUACAGUCUGUCAUAGCACUACAUCGCACCUCGAAAGUGCUGGCUCUACAGAUACCGCUCGAUUCCACUUUCUGGCGAGACAGCCUCCGGGACGGAAGUCUACAUCCACAUGUUUGGGAUCUAGACACCAAGUGGAUCGAGCAGCAUCUUACCACUCCACAUGCAGCGCUUCUGGACCAUACUGCUUGCUGGGACUGGAAAUUCGCCGCGAAGCUUCUUGCGAAGAAACGCUUCCAGAUCAGUGGAUGCGACGAGCGUCUGCUUGACGUGCCCGAUGGACUUUGGAACAGGUGUAGAAUAUGGGCUACUAUCGAGGAAGCGUUAGGAGAGCAAGAAAAUAUGGCGCAAAGAUAACGGCUGAAGAGCUGGCGGAACAAGUUCAAAAGCGUAGUCACAAAACUUUCCAAGGGCCGGGUAAUCCCGACCUCAAGCGUCUCCAUACCAUCAAACUGUCCCGAAGAAAC